AUGCAACAGGAUCGUCCGCGCAAGUUGCAGCGCAUCUCCCAAGCAUGCGAUCUUUGUCACCGACGAAGCAUCCGCUGCCGGCCCAGCAACGAAGACGCCGACCGCUGUCAGAACUGCUACGACUUCGAUGUCGCUUGCACUUAUGAGAGGCCUUCGAAACGCAAGAAGCAUCCCCAAGCACCCGCUGCUCCAACUCAACCCUCGCAACCCUCAGCCCGCUCCUCUCAAUCGCGCAACACCCUAGCCUCAGACCUUACCUCGGCCCCUACCGCCACGUCCACAUCCAAUUCCACUCGCAACGACUCAAUAGGCAAGGCCAACGACUUCGCCCUUGCGCCUGCUCUCGCUUCCCGUCACGACUCUACCGAACUCGAUCUGCCAUGGAAGGUCUUUGCUCUCUCGAGCGAGUCCAUCAUUCUCGACCUGUUCGAUGUCUACAUGGAGGUCGUCUAUCCGCUGUAUCCUUUCUUCCACGAAGCCACCGACCGCGCAAAGAUCAAGAACAGGGACCACUUGACUGACAAAGGCUUCUUUGCUUCUAUCAUGGCCAUGUGCGCUCUCUCUUCAGCACGUAUCCGCGAUGGCGCGCUUCCAAGCAGAAUACCCGAAGCUGUCAAGAACCCCGAAGCCUCGUCCGAGGUCUUCUUCUCUGCUGCAAAAUCCGUCUUCACAUCCGACCUCGACAAACUCCGUGGUUUCGACUAUAUUAGAGCUUGCGCGCUUCUUUCCCUGACUAGCAUUCAGUACGGCCAAUCUCUAGAUGUGCAACAGUACUCGGGCAUCGGAAGCACUCUCAUCUCCAUGCAACGCUUUUACGACGAAAAGUAUUGGCCUAGUGGCUUGGAAGAGCAUCAGAAAGAGACAUACAGGCGUCUAUAUUGGGGUUCCUACACUUUGGAAGUCUUCACCGCCGUCGUCUGGAACUGCUUCAUACGCACUCAAGAGGUACACUUGAACGUGCGCUAUCCCAACGAGUACGAUGAUGGAACCAUCGCUAGCACAAAGAUCGAGGCUCCUCCUGGCCAGCAUCGGGUCAGCUGGCUCGUAGGCUGGAACUUCACCAUCGAUUUGUACCGUGUCCUGGAACACGUCGUUAACAAGUCUCGUGCCAAGCGCUUCAACCACGACGAUCGUCGUAGUGUCGAUAGUCUCGUCUUUGGCGACGCCUUCUCGGAGAAGAGUGUCAUGGCUACCAUGCUCAAUAUGUAUUACGCCUUGCCUCCACAAUUCAAAUCUACACCACCUAUGACUGGUGACCCAACUCAAGAUAUAUAUGCUUUCCAGGCUGCAAACAUCCAGGCAACACUCCAGCUGCUUCGUAUGAUGCUGUUUUCCACCGAAGACGGUCCAAGCGUUGACAGAAAGUGUGACGUGGCUAACGAAGUCUUGACUGUUUUCCGUACAAUUCCUCAAAGAUACUUGAGGGCUAUAAGCACCCCUAUGAUUUACCAACUGGGAAGCAUUGGUGGCGUGCUUGGUUCUGUGUUCGAGCAACCUCUACAGCAGCAGGUCUAUGAGCGUGUCCGCAGUUCGUUGUUGCUUAUGGCAGAUUUGCUUGAGAUGCUGGAGGCCAAUUUGCAUCGCUCUUCUGGAACGAGUCAAGGUCUUUUAGCUCAAGUUGAGAAAAUCGACCAGUACAUGCAAGCUCAGAGGAAUGUUCCUCAAGCCAUACCACCACAGCACCCGCAACAGUCCGCCGUCGCACAGCCAGCAAUGUCUAUGGGAAUGCCCCAGCCUGUGUCGGAAGUGAACGGCAACGGUGGCGCCAUCCAACUCCCAACGGAUCUUGCUCUGGAAUGGCCGUGGCCGAUCUAUCAGGAUUAUCCUCCUUACUACAUGGAAAACAAUGGAUUCUGA